AACACAGCGAACGAAACAAAUAUUGGAACAUAGUAAAGAGUUUACGCACCAAGUGGAACUAUUUUAUUGAAUACGAGAUGAUGGUAUUGUCAGCAAUCCUUCUAUUGAUACUGUUGACUGGAUCAUUAGCCAGUCCCACAUUUCAAUUCACCGAAGGAGUUUUGGACUCGAGAUGUCCUCUGGAGGAUAAUCCUAUGAAUCCUAAGCAUCUGCCACAUCCGAGUGAUUGUGGGAAAUUUUUCAAAUGCUUCAAUGGACGUGCAUUCCUCAUCAAUUGUCCAGCGGGUCAGGAGUUCGGAGCGCAGAUUCAACGUUGCGAUUAUCCAGCAUUUGCCCGUUGUCGCACGGUUUUGGCGGAGCCGGAACCCGCAGAGUUCAAGUUUGAAGAUGGAAUUGACGAUGUAAGAUGUGCUUUGACUAGUGACCCCAUGAUGCCGGAUCACCUUCCCCAUCCUAGCAGUUGCCAAAAAUUUUACAAAUGCUUCGGUGGAAAAGGUUUUGAGCUUUCAUGUCCUCCAGGUCAAGAAUGGGCAACUGCAUUGAAUCGCUGUGAUUUCCCAUCGAUUGCACGGUGUUCGAUUAGUAAAACUUACCAAGCAGCCAAGGAUUCCAAUAAAGAAGAGCUUAAAGAGGAAAUUACCCAGCUUCAAUCUGAUACAGUUCAGGCUCUACCAAUGAAGGCUGAGUUUAUCUAUAGCGCAGGAGUACCGGAUACUCGUUGUCCCAGAUAUGAUGAUCCAUUCCGUCCUAUUCAUUUGCCACAUGCUUAUGACUGUGCAAAAUUUCAAAAGUGUUUUGAUGGUCGAGCCUAUGUGUUAGAUUGCCCACCUGGUCAGCAUUUCGGUGUGAGAAUUAACCGGUGUGAUUUCCCACAGUUUGCACAAUGUCUACAAUCUAAACAAAAGCGCUUGACCAAACGUGACGCGAGAGCUGCAGAUUACGAAUACGACUAUAGCUACGAGGAUGAAAUUCCCUUGGAUUCUAGUGAAUGGACUGACGAGCAGCGAGAAAUGAUCGCCGGUGUGAGUGAUAUCCGUUGUCCAAGAAACGAUGACCCUGAUUUUCCGGUACAUCUAACGCACCCGAAAGAUUGUGGAAAAUUCUACAAGUGCUACGAUGGCAGAGCGUAUCUCAUCGUAUGCCCUACGGGUCAACAUUGGAGUGUGCGGUUCGAUCGCUGCGAUUAUCCUAAGGUCGCCAAGUGUACUAUUCGACCAUAACACACGAGUUUAAGUUUAUAAGCCGCGAGUGUGAAUAGUUUUAAUAUACAUAUUUAUUGACAGAUAGAAAUAAAAUAGACUGGAUUUCUUUUAAUGUUCUAACAGAAAUAAAAAUGUCUUUUGUUACAUCUGGGACCAGAACGAUUUUUAAUGAAAUUAUAGUUUCUCAAUAAAUAUGUACUUAUUGCUCACAAUUGAAGACAAAC